UACCAGCAGACAGCCGGAGGGUGCAAAGAAGUGUCCAAGCAGGAGAGGAGAGCAAAGGGAACAGUCCCCAAGGGACAGCUGGGAAAAUUUCAAGGCUCUGCUGAUCACAGUGCUGCAAACAGGUAAAUGGAAAAUGCCGCGGUCUUUCUUGGUCAAGAGUAAGAAGGCCCAUUCGCAUCACCCGUACCGUUCGGUGGAUGAUGACCUUCUUGUGUCCGUGUGGGAUCCUACCGCAGCAGCGCCCUGUUCCGGUGCUGCAGGUGCCAGAGACCCCUCAGAGGCCUCCAGUAGCACAAGUGAGCGAGACUUCUCUCCUCCUGAAAAGACAAAUGCCCCUGACGAAGCCACGAAAGAAAACAUCUCUGCUCAUGGCAUGAUGCCUGCGUUGGAGCCCCCAGCUCCAGCACUGAAAACUGAUGAUGCUUGUAGCCCUCUGGCGAGCAGGGCCUCCUACUACAAGGCAGGUUUCUCGUGGGAUGCCUUCUGUUCACCAUACAGCUACCGGCCAAUGUCUUCUGCCCUUCUGGAGCGCCCCAUUAGCUUGUACGGCAGCCACCUCCUCUCGAGCAUGGAACCUCCUCUCGAUUACAGCGUGCGCUACUCGUCAGACAUGGAGACCUACCACUGUGUGAUAUGCAGCAAAAUAUUUUCCACACCUCAUGGUCUGGAGGUCCACGUCCGAAGAUCACACAGCGGCACUCGGCCUUUCGCUUGUGAGGUCUGCGGCAAAACUUUUGGGCAUGCUGUGAGCUUGGAGCAGCACAACAACAUCCACUCUCAGGAGAAAAGCUUUGAAUGCAAAAUGUGUGGGAAAACCUUCAAGCGGUCCUCCACCCUGUCCACCCACCUCCUGAUUCACUCAGACACGCGGCCAUACCCCUGCCAGUACUGCGGAAAGCGCUUCCACCAGAAGUCAGAUAUGAAGAAGCACACCUACAUUCACACAGGAGAGAAACCGCACAAGUGUCAGGUGUGCGGGAAAGCCUUCAGCCAGAGCUCCAACCUCAUCACGCACAGCCGCAAGCACACUGGCUUCAAGCCCUUCAGCUGCGAGCUCUGUGGGAAAGGCUUCCAGCGGAAGGUGGAUCUGCGGCGCCAUCGGGAGAGCCAACACAGCCUCAAGUAAGGGGGGCCCUCUCCCUUUGGAGCCCACCUACUAAGAGACUGAGCCUGCAAAGCCCGGAGGAGGCCCACAAGGCACCUUCAUCCUCCUCAGCAGGCCCAGCUGAGAGGGGGGAAGAAGCACCCGGACGAGCCUUGGAGAGCGAUUGUGUCGGCCCCAGUCAAGAAGGCCUCGGGCACAGGAUGUCCACCCCACCCCCUUGCAAUCCCCUUCCCACCUGUUUCCCCCUCUCCUGCUUGUGACUCUUCUGGUGAGAGCAAUUUGUGACUUCCUUGCCAUUCUUUUUAGCCACAGUGAUGCCAGUGGGUUGAAAAGGGGUCACUUGUAUGUUGCAGGGGAUUCCAAGCCGAUUGCCCAGGGACCUGGACAAGGCAGUGGGCAGUCCUUUCCUACUGCAAGAUUGCCAACUCCAGCUUGGGAAAUUCUUUGAGAUUUGGAGGUGGGGUUUGCAGAGAAUGGAGUUUUGAGAGAGAUGCCAUACAGUCUUCUGGUCUUAGGACCGUAAUAAACAUAAACAUACAGUCUG